CCCCUUGCACCGCCACUGCUCCGGGCGCCCUUUACCUCCGGCGUUCGUCGCCGUCAGGCGUCGCCGCGUCAGUCCGCCGUCCAUCCACACCAAUCACGGAACCACCAAGAUAAUCGUGUGGUCUCUUAGGCGAUUAUUAGAAGAAGGGACUGGCAAAAUUGAUCCAUAGAGAAGUCUGUCUUUGAACAAUGAACCGAAAAUUCCUGUACAUGACGGCCAUGAACGUCAAAAGGAGUUCAUACACUCUGCACCGCAUCAAGGCGUCACAAUUGUUUUACCCCAAGGGUGCACCUGACUCCGCGGCUGCGGCGGUGGAGGACCGUUCUGUGCCGCCACCAACAAUGGCUUUCCACCCUCCUCGGUCCGAGCAUAGACGGGAGGUAAUGGAGUUCAUGCGGCAGCAGCAGGAACAAGAUCGUCUGCACAGACGAGAGAGGUCGAGCCGUCUUAUAUGAUGACGGCCUGCAAGCUGUCCGCAUGUUGCCAAGCCUCAAAAAGGCCAAGUGGAAAUCAGUGCCCCUCGCGGUUGGUGACAACCUGUUGGUCAUGGAGGCGAUCCCUAAGAACGAUCAAAAGAUGGAACAUCAAUCUUUCGAGGCGCUUAUGUAUGGCGAAAGGCCUAAAAUGUUCAAGGGGGUGGACUUUUUCUGGCACUCCAUCCCCCCGCCGCCUUAUGUCUAUGCCCCUGGCUAUGGUGUCGACCGUUCUGGUGUGAUCACCGCGUGCACUGUGGUCAAUGGCUCAAGCAUCUUGAUAUCCACAGAGAGCCUCGGCACCUACUGCUUGGACACGGUGAGCGGUAAGUGGAGCAAGACUGGUGCCUGGCCGCUGCCGUUUAAAGGACUUGCAGAAUAUGUUCCGGAGUACGAUCUCUGGUUUGGUGUCUCGGCAAAGGGUGGUGGCGUCCUCUGCGCAUCAGACCUGGGUGCUGCCUCGGCAAAGCAGACGCCGCCGGUGGUACUCCAAGAGUGGGAGGGAUUUGCUGCCCCUGAGGGUACCGAGCUAGGAUCGCACCUCCUGCACCUAGGUGCCGGUCGUUUCUGUGUCGCCAAGUCGAUCAUGACAACAAGGCCGCAGGAGACGUGCUGCCAGAUGUGCUGUUUCCAUGACACUACUGCCAUUGUCGACAAGUUAGUGAUGUUUACUGGCGUGGAGAUUCAGCGCUGUGGCAGAGGGCUUAAUAAGGUGAUCAAGCACAGAUCGUUUCGUUAUAGUAUGGGCGCAUGCAGCAUGGCCAAGAUACUUUAUUAGUCAAGUCGUGCUGUUUAAUUUCCCCUCACAGCAUGUUCCUAGUCAAUAAGAGGGCUCUUCUUUUAGAUGCAAUAAAUAAUAGGGUUCUAGUACAGGAAUAACCGGAUAUGCACAUCUCCUUUGAAAGCAAUAUUUUUUACGUCA